AUGUUGAUAUGUUCAGAUUAUUUAUUUAACAUACUAAUCGUAUGUUACAUGUUUAUGAAUAUAUGUUCGUUUUGUAUUUGUCAUGAUAUAAAAAUUGAAGAAACGAAUGAAAUAUUCAGCAAAUAUUUGGGAAAAGGCUAUGAUAUAUUGUUUGGUUACCCAUUACCUAAUAAUGAACUUAUUGAUGAUCCAGGAUUUAAAGAUGUUAUUAUAGACACACAAUUAUCAGUUGACCAUAUAUCAAAUUAUAUUUGUAAAAAGGAAGAAUAUGUAGAUGUUAUAGAAGAUAUAAAUGACAUAGGUUAUCUAGGAAUGCAGACGAUAAAUAUUGACGAUUUGGAUAAACGUAUAAAACCGUUUUCAGCAUCUAUGCCAUAUAAAAGCUAUUUUGCAGACUUAGAAAUUAAGAAGAAAAAAUAUGCACUAGCUCAAAAUAUGUGUGUAUUAAAUUAUGCAACGUAUGAUUUAAAAGAAUCCGGGAAAAAUAUAAAUAAGGAUUUCGUAUUAGAUAUUGAAAAAUUACCUAUUUUAACAAAAAAACAAAUGAAGACAUGUACCAAAGUAUUAUAUAUGAGUAAUAAUCUGAAUUGUUCAGAAGGUAUAAAAAGCUGGAUCAAAUUUUUUCAAAAGUAUGGAACUCAUGUAGUAUUAUCUGCCCAUUUUGGAGGUAUGUCAUUUAAUACUAUGGAAAUUACGAAACGAAAAAUUGAAGAAAUAAAAAUAUAUAAAUAUAAAUACUCUAUUUGGAAUAUCCCAUAUUUGAAUGUAUUUAAAUCUGGAUCGUUAUAUCAAGAUCUUAGUAUUAAUGUAGGUGAUCAAAAAGAAAAUAAAAAUAAUAAUAAUAAUAAUAUUAAUAAUAAUAAAGAUGGGAAGAAGAAAAAUGAUGGUUAUAUAAAAAAUGAUCUGUUAAUAGAACAACAUAGGGAUAAUAUAAAUUUAGAAAUUAGAGGAGGAAAUAAUUUUGAUGAAAAGUGGAAAAAUUUAACAUAUUUAGUUUGGAAAAAUUCUAUUUAUUCUAAUAUGGUUCCUAUACAUCUUGACUUGUAUUCAUUGAAUACAUUUAUGCUUAUAGAAAAAAAGGAAUCAUACGAUAUGGCUUUAUUAUUUUAUAAUAAUCUGUAUGGGAUAGAUAAUGAGAAUUUUUAUCUUUCUCAAGAUAUAACAGAUGUAUUAUCUGAAGGAAAACAGAUAACUGGUUCAGGUAAAGGAUCUUUGAUUUUAAGUUGUCCUGUUGGGUAUAUUAAAAGCACUGGUCUUAUUUUUGUUUACGAUAGUUCUGAGAAAUUAAAAACUAAUAAAAGUAAGGAAUCCAAAAUAAAAAUAUAUCCAUGUACUAAUAAAGGGCAAUAUGAUAUUGCUUGCUCAUAUAUAACAAAGAAGAAAAAUAUUAUAACAUUCGGAUGGAUAUACUGCGUAAAGCAUAAUUUUAUUAAAUUUGAAACGCUUUAUCAAAAUAAUGAUAAUGUAAUAUCUAAGGAUGGUAAAACAUCUAUGAGUCUUACCUGCACGGAAGGAAAUACAAUAGCUUUCGGGUUUAAAAUGAAAUUAGAAAAGUUUGAAAAAUUAGAAAAAUUAAGAAUAAAACCCUGUACUAUUGGAAAUGAUCAGUGUACUAUUAAUAAUAUCAAAAGAAAUUCUGAUUAUUUAUUAUGGGGAUUUUGUGUACCUUCAUCUUUUCGUAGUCUUUCUUCUUUACAAUUAACAUAUAUUCACAAUGAUACUAUACAAAAUGAUAUACAAGGAGCUUGUUCAGAUGUAUAUAUUAAUAAAUACGAUAAUAUUUUUCUAGGUUUUACUUUUUCUUUUGAUAAUAGAUUUGAAGAAGUAAAAACGGAACCUUGUGCAAGCCAAUCCAGAUAUUGUUUUCAUAAAAUACCAAAAAAGAAGAAAAUAUAUUAUGUUGGAAUGUUUUUAUUAUGUAGGUUUGAUGGAAACACGAAUAGAAAGUUCACAUAUAAAUAA